UGUCAGUGUGUAGUCCCUGAGUGGAGCAAAAGCCUAGUAGCCAGCCAGCCAGCCAGCCAGCAUCUCAGCUCAGCAGCCAGCAACUCCCUCCCUCUGGACCCCACCACAGCAGCAGUAUGACACUGGAAAAGGUCGACCCCGUGGAGGUGUUUGACGCCGGGGACAAGGGCCGAGGCCUGCGCACAACCAAAGCGCUGGUGAUCGGAGAUGUUGUGUUUACCGAGGCCAGCUUCUCUGCUGUGGUGUUCGACAGUCUGUCUAUGCAGGUAUGUCACAACUGCUUCCGCCGGCAUGCCAGCCCACACCGCUGUGCCCAGUGCAAGUUUGCCCACUACUGCGACCGCACGUGUCAGCGUGCAGCCUGGGACGAGCACAAGAGGGAGUGCGCUGCCAUCAGGACAGCGGGCAAGACCCCCAAAGAGAACAUCCGCCUGGCGGCGCGUGCCAUGUGGCGCAUGCUGAAGUACGGGGGGAAGGUGGUGGACAGUCAGCUGACCAGCCUGGACCUGCUGCAGGACCACAUCUCUGACAUGGUCGACGAGGACCUGAAGGAGCUGCAGGACGACGUCCAGAGAUUCCUGGAGUACUGGCCCAAGACCAAAAGAGCACUGGGGACAGAGUACAUCUCGCACCUCCUUGGAGUGAUUAAAGUAAACGGCUUCACUCUGAGUGACCAGCGAGGGCUGCAGGCUGUCGGUGUGGGUCUCUUCCCUAAUCUGUGUCUGGUCAACCACGACUGCUGGCCCAACUGCACUGUUAUCCUCAACCAUGGCAAUCAGUCUGCUCUGGACUCCGCAUUUCACUCCCAGAGAAGAAUUGAGUUGCGUGUGCUAGGCACCAUCCCAGAGGGAGAGGAGCUGACUGUGUCCUACAUUGACUUCCUGAAGCUGUCCAAAGACCGCCAGCAGCUGCUGAAGAAGCAGUACUACUUUGACUGCAAAUGUGAGCACUGCAGCAAAGGCAUCAAAGACGACCUCAUGAUGGCCACCAAAACGGACGAAAAGCCCUCUGCAGACCAGGUGAAGGAGGUGACAGAGUUCGGCCUGAAGGCUUUUGAGAAGAUUGAGGAGGCACGCAUCUCUGGGGACUUUGAAGAGGUGGUGAAGCUGUGCCGUGAGUGCCUGCAGAAACAGGAGGCAGUGCUGGCCGACACACACCUGCACCACCUGAGAGUGCUGAGCAUAGCCAGUGAGGUGCUCUCCUUCAUGCGCUCCUUCAAGGAAGCUGCAGAAUGCGCCAGCCGCAUGGUGGUCGGAUAUGGGAAACUGUACCAUCCAAGCAACGCCCAGCUUGGCAUGGCCACCAUGCGGGCAGGAGUGACUAACUGGCAUGCAGGACUCAUCGAGGUGGGCCACGGCUUGAUAUGCAAGGCCUUUGCCAUCCUCAUGGUGACCCAUGGCCCACACCACUCCAUCACAAAAGACCUGGAGGUGAUGCGCUCACAGACAGAAGCAGAGCUGCAGAUGUUCAAACAGAAUGAGAAAGCCUAUCAGAGCGUGCGGGAGGCAGCACUGUUCGGAAAGCCACUGGCUGAGCCAAUCAAGGAGCAAGUCAAGGAGCUCGUCCAGGGUGCCAAAUAGGCCCUCACACACACACACACAAAUGCAUUCACAUACACACACAUACCACACAAACACAUACACACUCACAUACACACACACACACACACACAAAUGCAUUCACAUACACACACAUACCACACAAACACAUACACACUCACAUACACAUACCUACCUACACAUACCUACAAAGGAAACAAGACUGGCAAUACCAAACAGGUGGUUUUGAAUGAACUAAUAAAACACUGUGACUCAC